GAAGUCGGCGAGAACUGAUCACAAAAUGUUGUUACUUAUAUACUUGCUGAUCGCUAUAUCAGCAUUAGUUGCAUAUUUUUUGCACUACAAUAUGAACUAUUGGAAAAGCCGUGGCAUACCUCAGGAUCCUCCGCAUCCCUUCUAUGGAAACAUGGUCGGAUUCAGAAAGAAUCGUGUUCUUCAUGAAAUAAUAGAGGAAUACUAUAUCAAGUUUCGAAAGACUGGUCAUCCCUUUGUGGGUUUUAAUUUUCUACAAAGACGAAGUGCUUUUAUUAUGGAUAUCAAGCUGGCCAAGAAUAUUCUCAUUAAGGACUUCACGAACUUCGCCGACCGUGGACAGUUCCACAAUGAACGCGAUGAUCCCCUCACUGGACAUCUCUUCAACUUGGAUGGCAAGCGCUGGAAGGAGAUGCGUCAGAAGCUAUCACCCACUUUCACAUCUGGCAAGAUGAAGUUCAUGUUCCCAACUGUCAUCAAAGUGUCCGAGGAAUUCGUUAAGGUUAUGCUGGAGGAAGUCCCAGAUAAGACUGGAGGAGCCAUCAUUGAAGUCAAGGAUCUGAUGGCGCGCUUUACUACUGAUGUUAUAGGCACAUGUUCUUUCGGCAUAGAGUGCAAUACUCUUCGUAAUCCUAAGACGGAUUUCCGUAUAAUGGCAAAUAAAUCUCUAACUGAGAUGCGCCAUGGCCGUGUCUUGAGCGCUUUUCAGUUCAGCUUUCCGAAUCUGGCAAGAAAACUGGGCAUGCGACAGGUUCCGGAAGAUGUUCACCAGUUCUUCAUGAGCUUAGUCAAGGAAACAAUCGCACUUAGAGAGAAGGAAAAUAUCAAACGAAAUGACUUUAUGCAGAUGUUAAUUGAAUUGAAGCAGAAAGGAAGCUUUACGAUGGAUAAUGGCGAAGUAGUCACAGGAUUGGAUGUUGGAGAGCUGGCAGCUCAGGUCUUUGUCUUCUACUUGGCUGGCUUUGAGACCUCUUCAUCAACCAUGACCUAUGCUCUAUAUGAACUCGCCCAACAUACCGAUAUUCAGGAUAGACUAAGGGAAGAUAUUCGGGAUGUUCUGCAGCAACACGAUGGAAAACUGACCUAUGAAAGCAUCAAAGCCAUGCGAUACUUGGAUCAGAUUAUUUCUGAAACCCUCCGACUAUACACCAUUGUGCCUUUCCUUGUGAGACAAGCACUUAAUGACUAUGUUGUACCUGGUCAUUCCAAAUAUGUUAUAGAGAAGGGAAUGCAAGUAAUCCUGCCCGCACCAGCUUAUCAUCGGGAUGAAGAUUUUUAUCCGGACCCCGAGAAAUUCGAUCCGGAACGUUUCUCGCCCGAACAGGUGGCAGCUCGCGACUCUGUUGAGUGGCUGCCCUUCGGCGAUGGACCCAGAAAUUGUGUGGGAAUGCGCUUUGGCCAAAUGCAAACACGGAUUGGCCUAGCCCAGCUCAUUAGGAACUUCAAGUUUACAGUUUGCAAUAGAACUGAAAUACCUCUUAAGUAUGAUCCCAUGUCUUUUGUGUUGGCCUCAGUUGGCGGCAUUCAUUUGCGAGUAGAGCGUGUUUAGGUGGCAAUAUGUAAAUGUGCUCUGAGCCACGUUAUUAGGUGACAAAGUAGAUGGCGAUGUGGUCAUACAUGUUUGUAUCAGCACGCAUUAGGUCUAAUGACAUGUGGCGUCUGUCUUUAUGUAAAUGUGGGUGUUAUUACUAUAUAUAAUUAAAUAAUGAACCUGUUGAGAAACUUUUCAAUGCCCUGGCUUAACUGGCUAUCAUUCUGCUUGUAGUAAAGGUAAUUUAAAAAUUUUCAAUAUAUCUUUGAGCCACUUUAACUG